AUGCCGGACAACCGUGGCCCUGGGGCUUCGCACGAUGAGAAGCGGGACUCCUACCGUACCUUGAGAGGCCUGGGCUACCUGGUCCACGAUCACCCCACUAUCUUAGGUUAUACCCAUAGUCCAAACCCGGGCUGGAACGCCAUAGAAGAAGGCGACGAGGAGCAGUCCAAAGAGCUCAAGUCCGCUCUAUGUUUACUGCUAGAGUUCGAGAGACACAUUGAUUACCUCGUUAAUAACUGGCUGAACCGCAAACACCAUCAACAAUCCUACGCUCUUAACCCCGAUACAUUCAAGACUAAAUACAAACGCUGGAGGAACACUCCACGUCACGAGGUGACAGCAGGGUUCACGAGCCUGACCCUGCGUAUCUGCGCUUGCUCCCUUGAUUUUAUCGACGAGGAUCGCGCCACGGAACUCAACGUGACGAACGUUCGGGGACUUACGGACCAAGUAUAUACGGCAGCCAAAAACUUGGCGAUAGUAUUCCGCCAGGAGAAGGCGGCCUGGCAUUCAAUGGCUGCUGUGAUCCAAAGCGGGAUCGGAAACGUGGUGGGCGGGAGCGCUUUUGCCGCGUGCCAGAGUGCGGCUGCUGGAGGCGCGGGUGCGGCGGCUGUCAAUGGAGUCGUGGCUGGCACCGGAGCUGCAGUGUCAGCAGUGGCUGCUGGUGGGAGGUUCUUAGUGUCGAGGCUCGGGCGAGUAGUCUCGUAG